CAGGGGGAACGUGGGCUGGUGGUCCGCUUGUCUCUGCGAUACACCCACCCCCCCCCCCCUUCCCAUCUGGUCGUAGUGCGGAGUGCUGUUUUCAGUGCGGGCGCAUCUACUUCAACACAAACCCCAACCCAUCUCCAUAAACACCUGCCCUGCUUAGGUCGAGAGCGGCUGGAAGAUAAGCGCCUCUUUUCCCCCUUGCAGACGGCGUACAAUUUUUUGCCCCCUCGAUUCCCUGGGAGAGUUUACUUCGACGCACGGGCCGUAGUGGCUUACAAUGGACUGCGUUGGGAAGAAAAAUUGAUAAUCUUCACGGAAGAGUAAUUUGAAUGAAAUCGCUGUUGACAAGCAGUCUCAGAGCGAAGCGAGGAGGGAGAGAGUCUGCCAGCUAAACUGCGAGGACUGUCCUAGGUCACUAUCGCGGGUGCUUCCUGGGGAACAACAAAAUAACAAAACACAAAAAAACGGGGGUUUUGUCCGUCUUGCCGAGGGCUUUGUUGAAUCCCGUGCCACCGCUCCAAAUCAGAGCUAGCAACAAUGGAAGAGAACAUGGAAGAGGGACAGACACAAAAAGGGUGCUUUGAGUGCUGCAUCAAAUGCCUGGGUGGCAUCCCGUACGCGUCUCUGAUCGCCACCAUCCUGCUGUAUGCCGGCGUGGCGCUGUUCUGCGGCUGCGGCCACGAGGCGCUCUCCGGCACCGUCACCAUCCUGCAGAACUACUUCGAGGUGGUGAGAGGACCCGUCGACUCCCUGGACGUCUUCACCAUGAUCGACAUCUUUAAGUACGUGAUCUACGGCGUGGCGGCUGCCUUCUUCGUAUACGGCAUCCUGCUGAUGGUGGAGGGCUUCUUCACCACCGGGGCCAUCCGGGAUCUCUACGGUGACUUCAAGAUCACCACCUGCGGCCGCUGUGUCAGCGCCUGGUUCAUCAUGCUGACCUACAUCUUCAUGCUGGCCUGGCUGGGCGUGACCGCCUUCACCUCCCUGCCCGUCUUCAUGUACUUCAACAUCUGGACUAUCUGCCAGAACACCACCGUGGUCGAGGGGGCCAACCUCUGCCUCGACCUGCGUCAAUUCGGAAUCGUGACCAUUGGAGAGGAGAAGAAGGUCUGCACUGGAUCUGAGAAAUUCUUCAAGAUGUGCGAAUCCAAUGAGUUGGACCUGACGUUCCACUUGUUCAUCUGUGCCCUGGCAGGGGCGGGGGCGGCGGUCAUCGCCAUGGUUCAUUACCUAAUGGUGCUCUCUGCCAACUGGGCUUAUGUGAAGGACGCGUGCAGGAUGCAAAAGUACGAGGAUAUCAAAUCUAAGGAGGAACAGGAACUCCACGACAUCCAUUCCACUCGCUCCAAAGAGCGACUCAACGCCUACACAUAAAA